AUGCAGCCCGACCUCCCCGUCGGCGACGCGGCGCUGCGCAGCCCUCCGGCCCCUGAGCCGGCCGGCGGCGCCUUCCCCAGCGCUGAGGCCACCAAGCCACCCUACAGCUACAUCGCCCUCAUCACCAUGGCCAUCCAGAGCGCGCCCGAGCAGCGCAUCACCCUCAGCGGCAUCUACCGCUACAUCAUGGGCCGCUUCACCUUCUACCGCGAGAACAAGCAGGGCUGGCAGAACAGCAUCCGCCACAAUCUCUCCCUCAACGAGUGCUUCGUCAAGGUGCCCCGUGACGACAAGAAACCGGGAAAGGGCAACUACUGGACCCUCGACCCCGACUGCUACAACAUGUUUGAGAACGGCAGCUUCUUGCGGCGCCGCCGGCGCUUCACCAGGAAGAAGGGUGUGCGGGACGCACCGGGCACUGAGGGAGACGAGGGGCGCGGCAAGACCCCCAGGCAGCAGGGGCAAGGGCUGCCCGCUGCCCCGCUGCCGGACGAGGGGAAGGCAGAGGGGGGCUACAGCUCGCCGUCGGCCACAGGACGCCUGCCGAGCCCUGCCGCUCUCUCAGAGGGCGCCGGGGCGCCGGGGUGCACCGAGCCCUGGGCCCGGCGUCAGCCACCCAAGGCCAGGCAGCCCUGCCUGUACCUGCCGGACAUGGCACAGCCCAAGGGGCCGUUCUUCACGCCCCCCGAGAGCCGCCCGCCCAAGGAGACUGUCUUCGGGGGGCUCCCGGCGGCGCUGCAGCUGCCCCGGCCAGGUCAGUACCCAUUGCCCAGCGAGCGCCCGGCCCAGCACCAGCACCCUGCCCUGCUGCCUGCCCUGCUGCCCACCCAGCACAGGGACCCCCCGCAGGACUCACCGGCCACCCCAGACACCCCCCCAGAGCAGCUGGAAGGCAAGGAGCUGGCUGCCACUGGGUUGGGGCCAUGUCAGCCAUUCGGGCAGGUGCCACCUGCAUUCCCUGGCAACCUGCUGGGCACGGGCAAGCCCUCCCCAUCGUGCUUCCUGGAGGGAGAGGGCUACACGCAGCCCCACCUGCCCGUGUUUGGCUCCUUCAGCCGGCCGGGCCCCGAGGCGCUGGGCAGCAGCUAUCAGUGCCGGGUGCAGGCGCUGAGCUUCUGCGUGAAGGAGCGGCCCUGCAGCACAGCGCUGGAGCAUCUCCUGGCUGCAGCCCCCCCGGCCUCCACCGCCCCCCGCCAGCCACCCUUCGGGGCCAUGGGGCCACGGGCAAGUGAGCAGAAGGAGCCAUGGGGGCCGGGGACCACGAUCCCACUGCAGGGGGGGAAUGGCUACCCCCUGGGGCUGCCCCCCUGCCUCUACCGGACACCCGGCAUGUUCUUCUUUGAGUGAGGGACUCCCCACCCCGGGACAACCCAGCACCUAAUAAAGCACAUUCCCCAA